AUUACGUCACUGAUCUCCGUCAGCCAUUUUGUUCAACGCGGCAGUUUAUUUGUAUGCAGGUUUUCGUUUUUAAACCCGCUGUUAUAAAAUCUCGCAAACGUUUCACGUUUAAUAUCAUCACAAAUACUACAGAAUGCAGAUCGAAGAACAGACCGACUUUAACUCAGAGUUUCCAGAGGGAUCCAAAAUAAAUGCUAGUAAAAACCAGGAGGAUGACGGGAAAAUGUUCAUUGGUGGACUCAGCUGGGACACCAGCAAGAAGGACCUUACUGAUUACCUUUCGAAGUUUGGUGAAGUCCUGGACUGCACCAUUAAAACAGAUCCCAUGACUGGACGCUCCAGGGGCUUUGGAUUUGUGCUCUUUAGAGAUGCUGAAAGUGUUGAUAGGGUGUUGGAGCUAAAGGAGCACAAGCUAGAUGGAAAACUGAUUGAUCCCAAAAGAGCCAAAGCAAUUCAGGGCAAGGAGCCCCCCAGAAAAGUUUUUGUUGGUGGUUUAAGUCCAGAUACUUCUGAAGAUCAGAUCCGGGAAUACUUUGGAGCUUAUGGAGACAUUGAAAACAUUGAGCUGCCCAUUGACACUAAAACAAACGAAAGGCGAGGUUUUUGCUUUAUUACAUAUGUUGCAGAGGAGCCAGUUCAGAAACUUUUGGAGAACAGAUAUCAUCAGAUUGGAUCAGGGAAGUGUGAAAUCAAAGUUGCUCAGCCUAAAGAAGUUUAUAGACAGCAGCAAAACAGAGCAGAAAGGGGCUUUGGGGGAGGAAGAGGAGGCUUCAGAGGCCGUGGACGGGGAACGGGACAGAGUCAAGGCUACAAUCAAGGAUACAACAACUACUACGGCCAGAACUAUGGAAGCUAUGGGAACGGAUACAACCAGGGCUAUAAUGGCUACUCUGGUUAUGACUAUUCUGGAUACAAUUAUCCAAAUUAUGGAUAUGGACAAGGCUAUGAUGAAUACAAUAGUCAACAGAGCAGUUACGGCAAGGCUUCAAGGGAGGGUGGAAACCAUCAAAAUAGCUACCAGCCAUAUUGACAAAGUGACUAAACGUUCAUAUUAAUGGUAAGGUUUUAUCUUUUGCUGUGCUUGGAUCUGACUUUAUAUUAAAGAUCAAUAGACACAUACUAUCUUAAAACAGCCAAAGGCAUAUGCAUAUUAGUGCAUCACGGUUGAACAAAUGUCUAUAGAUCUUUAAUCGCUAAUGAUUGUGUAGCCAUUUUUUUUAUCUUGUAAGCAUGCCAGAAAAACGUAAGUGUUUUUCUGUAGGGUUUCCUUUUCCUCCUCCUACUUUUUAACAGGUGAUCAUAAAGGAAUAACAUAGAGAGUUGAUAGCAAUGGUAACAGGUAAAGUACUGCUAAAGGGGUACAGAGUAAGGGCGCCUCUCCUUAUUUUUCCUUUCUUUCCCUAAUUCUGAUUAUUGUACCUUGUUUGUACCUGCCAGCGGGGACUUCAUUGCAGGCCGUGUGUCACCUGACCACGACAUUCUCUGGGCGUCGCACAUAGCGGGCAGAGAGCACGGCAUGCACAAGAAAACGCUGUCCAGUGGUAUGGUCUCUUCAAACUUCCUGUACCAGCGUAAAAACAAACAAAAGACAAAGGAGAUUCCCCCAUUUUUCAUAAGUUGUUGGUUUUCUGUAACAUCUUAAAAUGUGUUUUUUACAGGUAUUUGUUAAUGUAACAUAAAGUGAUUCAUAACUGCAUUGUUGUAUUCUCUUUUUAAUUUUAGUGCUCUUGUAUUUCAGUUGUGGAGCUUCAGUGAUUUUUUUUCUUUGGUUUCUUCCUUAAAGCGUCACUUACCUUGUAAAUUGCAUAAACUCAUAAUGCUUGCUUUUUGUCUUUAGAGCCAAUAGCGAACUUCAAAUGGGUACACCUCGCGUCUUUCCUUAAACAUAGGUUUUAAAGAUCAUAUGUAAAUUGGGUUUUGAAGCCAUUAAAAGCUGAUGAAAUCUGUGUUAGGCAGAUCAAAUAUGAAUUAUUGGUUCUAGAUAUAAGUGUCAUUGAAAUUUUAAGAAGAAUUUGGAGUGGCUCCAUAAUGGUGUUUAUCAACUAACCACACGGAGCUGGAGCUUUUGCUGGCUUAUAAGCUGUUUUUAUGAAUCUAAAAAUUGAUAUAAACAUAUGAUCUUUAAUCUUUAAUGGUGAUUUCCCUAGUUUAAAAUUGACAGCUCAAGAAGUUUAACAAACAUGGACAUGCUUUUUUAUGUGCUAGUCAGAAUAAUUCAUCUCGUUUUGUCUUCUCUUGUAGGUCGGCAGACUGACUUUGACUUUGUUUCCUGGAAGCGACUUGUGGAUUCCUGUCCUUAAACAACUAUUAAAAUGUUAUUAGGCCCUCUCAAGACAAAUUCAGUGUCUAACCUUGUAAAUAGCGAGGCGUUUUGUUUCUAAGUUUGUCUUAUUCUGUGCUUUACUCCGAUUGAACCUAUAGGUUUUGUGCUGAUGUGUUCUUAAAUUUUCAUUAGAAAAGUGUACUUUAUUUUGAAUUUUAGUUGUUUUCCUGAAGUUUUUGGAUAAAGGGAUGAAAAAUAAAAA